AUGGAGGAAGACAAGAACACCCCAGUCACUCGCAGGGAGUUGGCACGUAUUCUAAAGGGCAAAGAAGAAGCAAGUGAACCUACUUGGGAGAUAAGUCCACCAUUCGAGCAUCAUAUUUUGGCAAAAUCAUACUCUAAGGGGUACCAACCACCUACCUUUCGUAAUUUUGAUGGUAAUGGAAGUGCCAAAGAACACAUCCUAUCAUUCUUGGAUGAUCUCGGGGUGUUCAGGAAUCACCAGGAGCUCAAGAUCGAGGAGUUCUCAAAAUCACUAACAGAAAGGACGUUCACAUGGUAUUUCAAGUUGAAAGCCAGUAGCAUCAACACAUGGGAGCAAUUAGUGACGGAGUUCUGCAACAAGUUCCUGGAAGAGGAACCCUCCAUGCACAUCAUGGAUCUGGGGAGAGUGAAACAAAGACAAGAAGAAGGAUUAGUAGCGUUCGUCAAGAGGUACAGAGAUCAAGCUUUACUUUGUAUAGACACUCUCCUAGAGCCACAAUUGGUAUACGAGUGUAUUAGAAAUGUGGAAGAUGGAUCCCAAAUUUAUCUUUCUAUGAGUAACAUAAACACUUUCUCUGAGCUCUUAAAGAGAGUAUCUGACAUAACCGAGGCAAUGAAGCGCAAUGGAAGGAGAUAUAAAAAAGUUUCUCCUCUGAAAGUGUGUGCUGCUGAUGGCAGGGGCAGAAGGAGUUCCUAUUCUAGGGGUGCAAAGAGAAACAGUCUCCCACCCCCACUACCUCUCUCUAGAGCUCAGGCCAUGGUUGUCGUAAAUGGAUGGUUUAAGGAUGGAACAUUAAACCCCAGAACAGAUAGAGAGCCACCAACACCUGAAGACUUGAGAGAUCCAUGA